AUGGCUCCGGGAGCUCCCUUGCUGUGGUCAGGGGAGGGUGCAGUCAGCUGCAGCCACCCUGGUCAUGUCACCGCUGGCCGCAGGCUGCUGGGGUUUGAGAUGCGCAUUUGUGUCCUGGAAACCCUAAUGGACACCAGGACGGCUACUGCAGAGCUGGGCUGGACGGCCAAUCCCGCCUCGGGGUGGGAAGAAGUCAGUGGCUACGAUGAAAACCUGAACACCAUCCGCACGUACCAGGUGUGCAAUGUCUUUGAGCCCAACCAGAACAACUGGCUGCUCACCACCUUCAUCAACCGGCGGGGGGCCCAUCGCAUCUACACAGAGAUGCGCUUCACUGUGAGAGACUGCAGCAGCCUCCCCAAUGUCCCAGGCUCCUGCAAGGAGACUUUCAACUUGUACUAUUAUGAGACUGACUCAGUCAUUGCCACCAAGAAGUCAGCCUUCUGGUCUGAGGCCCCCUACCUCAAAGUAGACACCAUUGCUGCAGAUGAGAGCUUCUCCCAGGUGGACUUUGGGGGAAGGUUGAUGAAAGUCAACACAGAAGUCAGAAGCUUUGGGCCUCUUACUCGGAAUGGUUUUUACCUCGCUUUCCAGGAUUAUGGAGCCUGUAUGUCUCUCCUUUCUGUCCGCGUCUUCUUCAAAAAGUGCCCCAGCAUUGUGCAAAAUUUUGCAGUGUUCCCAGAGACCAUGACAGGGGCAGAGAGUACAUCUCUGGUGAUUGCUCGGGGCACAUGCAUCCCCAAUGCAGAGGAAGUGGAUGUGCCCAUCAAACUCUACUGCAACGGGGAUGGGGAAUGGAUGGUGCCCAUCGGGCGCUGCACCUGCAAGCCUGGCUAUGAGCCCGAGAACAGCAUAGCCUGCAAGGCUGCGCACUGGCCCUUCCUCUGGGCCACAAAGGGCUCUGUAGACAGCCGUUGUGUGCUGUUUGCCAACACGGGCGCCUGGGGUGCUGUCACUGUCGCCAAGGUGUUGAGUGGCCUGGAUGCUAAGGCGAAUGCCUCGGAGAAGCCCCAGCUCCACGCCUCUUGCCUCUUGGUGAAGUAUUCAGGCCUGUUUGUUGGAUCCCAGACAGUGGGGUCGACACUGGAGAUGCCUGACAUCGCCACCACACUCAUGCACCCACCUUUGGCUGAAUUCACCCCCUCUGAGGAUGAGGACUGCGAGCUGUGGCAGGACGCGAGCUGUGGCAGGACGGCCUCAGGUCGCUUUGUGGCCCCAGCACCAGGCACA